CUCUGAAGGGAAGUGAGUAACAGGGUAUGUGACACAGUUCCUAUAAACUGCGUUGCUAGGGACGUGCUCACGAUGAAACUAUUGUUUUUACCUUGUGUCUACCUUCUAAUGAUCUCCCAAGCCUUGGCAGCGGACACAAAACAAGUGUCAGGGUUCGUGGGACAGCCUAUCACCUUGAAACCAGGAUACGCUGACAGCUCUGGCAUCUCCACCAUUGAGUGGUCCAUCUUCACAAACAACACCUUCAUUGCAACCUUCCGCAACGGAAAUGUGAGGGAUAAUCGCAUUCCACAGUUCAAAGGUCGUCUGAAGCUCAACAAAGACAACGGGGACCUGGAGAUCCGAGAUCUGAAGAAGGAGGACUCCCGUCUCUACAUAGCAGAUAUAACGAGGACAACUGGAGGGAAGCUGCCGAGGAUUGAGAUUCAACUCUCAGUGAAACAGCGCCUGGAGAAGCCCACCAUCACAGACCUGUUCAACACGGUGGAGAACGGGUACUGUGUGAUGGGGCUGCGAUGCUCCUCCAUAUUACAGGGCACCAACAUCUCCUGGAAAUCUGAUGCUUCACAGGUCAACGAAGCCUUCUUUCAGAAACGUGUCGGCAAUGCCACCGAGCUGUUUGUAUUCUUCAAAUCCAACGCAUCCCGCAAUGUUACCCUAACAUGCGUCGCAGCCAACGACGACAGCGAGGAGUUUGAAGUUGUAGGAAAGACUUGUCAGGGAGACAAGCCAAUUUGCCCCCCUAUCCGGUGUCCCAAACCCUGUAUUUCAGAUUUUUUUUUCUUUCUUACAUUUGUAAUUGGAGUUAUAGUUGGUGGACUCUUUGCAUACAAAUUUAAUGAAAAACUAAAAAAGAAGGUAGAUUAUUGCAAAAGAAAAUUUAGGGAUAAGAAAUCCGAUUGUGUACAAGAUUCAGGACUCUGAAAACAGUUCAAAAUUAGGCAACUCCUGAAAAUCCUCUUCACCAAGCUAACAUCUACAUCCUGAACCAUAAGAAAUACUUUGUUGUUUUUAUGUUAAAAAUAAUAUGUACAUAUAUGCAACCUUUUUAGGUACAAGGUAGAGAUGUUGAGGGGGGGGGGUUGAAUUGUUUCUGUCUAAUGUUAAAUCUUGGUUGUUUGAAAAAAAAAACAUCUUUCAGUUUAGGGUCACUCGAGCUUACUGUAAUUGUGUUGUUUGUCUGUUGUUCUUAUUAAUUGUUGAUUUGCCCUAUUUGAUGAUUUUGUACAGCACUUUGGUCGGCAUUGGAUGUUUUUAAAUGUGCUCUAUAAAUAAAAAUGACUUGACUACAAAA